GCCAGGUGGCGAUGAUGAGCGAAAGAUACUUACUGUACUCACACUCGGACAGAAGAGGAAGAAAACCAACCGAGGCGGAUAUAAACAUCGUUCAAAAUGAUUGGAGAUCUCUUAAUAUUUGGCACUCUGCUAAUGAACGCCGGCGCUGUGCUUAACUUUAAACUAAAGAAGAGAGAGACGCAGUCUCAAGGGUUUGGAGAUGAACAUCGAGCAUCCAGCACAGGUGAAAACAUCAGAGAGUUUCUCCUGAGUCUUCGGUACUUUCGCAUAUUUAUCGCACUUUGGAACAUUUUCAUCAUGUUUUGCAUGAUCUUGUUAUUUGGAUCAUAACACAGCUGUUCAACUGAGGAUCACUACAGGCACCAAGGAUAGUUAUUGCAGCGUGGUGUUGGGCUGAUUGCAUGUAAACUUUGUGCAGUAUGUGUUGAAGUAUCAUGCAUUGUCUUAUUUACUGACCCUUGUAAGUUUUGUAAAAAAAAAAAAAUUGUUCUUUGAAUGAAACUUGGACAACACAUGGGAACCAUUUUAUAAAGUCAUGUAAAUGGAGUACGGUCUUCAACGCAAGGCAGCUCACCAUGAUCUGUAUGAUUAAAUUUGAAAGAAUAUGAAAAGCCAA